AUGUAUUCCUCGUCGAAUUCCUUCCUCGGCGGUGGUGGCGCUGGCCGUCCAGGCCAGGCACCUUUCAUGCAACAACAGCAGCAACAGCCCUCAUACUCGCAAUUCCCGCAAGGUCAACAGCAGCCGCCAAUGCAACAGCCCCAAGCAACAGGGUUCAUGGCGCCACAACCAACUGGAUUUGCAGGCCAACCGUCACCUUUUGGUAGCUCCCACCUCCAACCCCAAGCUACCGGAUUCCCUGCGGGACAGCAGCUCCAGCCGCAGUUUACUGGCUUUCCUGGUCAGCAACCACAGCAACAGCACUUGCAGCCCCAGCCGACUCAGCAGCAAAGCUUCCAGCAGCCUCAAUAUACCGGAUUCCCUGCUCAGAACCAGCAACUCCAGCCCCAAGCGCAAGCGCAAGUGCAACCGCCGCAAUUACAAGUGUCUCAGGCCACCGGGCUUCCUACACGAGUCAAGACUUCGAGCGAAAUGGCAAACUCCUUCACUGGUGCUAGUGUAUCCCCCGCGCCUCCACAAGUGCCCCCGAAGGCUGGGUCAAAGAUCCCGAAUAUUCGACUUUCGUUUAUUACGGCUCAAGAUCAGGCCAAGUUCGAGCAACUCUUCAAGUCGGCGGUGGGUGAUAGCAAAACAAUGGAUGGCGAGAAGGCGAAGGACUUGUUGCUGCGCUCCAAGCUUACAGGCAAGGAUCUGGCUAACAUCUGGGUUCUGUCCGAUUCCACCAAGUCAGGCCAACUGUUCUUCCCAGAAUUUGCAUUGGCCAUGUACCUGUGCAACCUGCGCUUGACUGGUCGGGAGGUACCCACAAGUCUCCCGGAGACUGUCAAGAAUGAGGUCUCCAGUAUGGUUGAUAUCAUCUCAUUUGAUGUCCCCGACACAGCUCCACAGCCGGCUCAACGCACCAAUGUUCCCAACUUUGAAGCCCCUCUCCUGGAGAACAAGUCCACCCCACCUAUUGUCCAGCAACCUCAACCUCAGCAGCCGAGCAAUGCUCAGCUUUUGACCCAACUGACAGCUCAGCCCACUGGAUUUUUCCCUCAGCAGACUGGCAUCCAACAGCCCCAACAGACGGGCUUCCCGGGCCAGAACCAGUCGCAGUUUCUCCAGGCGCAGCAGACGGGUUUUAUGACAAACCCCCAGGCCACCGGAUACUCUGGCCCCCGUCCUCCAAUGCCUCCGAUGCCUACUGGCUUUGCGUCAAACCUCAGCCCUGCACAGACUGGUGCGUUGACCGCCCAGCCUACUGGUAUCCCCGGGCAGUGGGGCUUUAUCAACACCCCCGCUCAGGGUCUGCCUAAUAUUGAGGCCAUGAAGCAGCAGCUUAUGCCGCAACCUGGCCGGGAAGGUGGUUUCACUAUGGCGAACCUUUCUGGAAAUGCUACCGUGGCUUGGGCUAUUACAAAGGAAGAAAAGAAGAUUUACGAUGACCUUUUCCGUGCUUGGGAUGGAAUGCGUAAGGGUUUCAUUGGUGGUGAGACUGCUAUUGAGAUUAUGGGCCAAAGUGGAUUGAACCGUAAGGAUCUGGAACGUAUCUGGACUCUCGCGGAUCCCAACAACCGUGGGCGUCUGAACAUGGAUGAAUUUGCUGUGGGUAUGCAUUUGAUCUACCGUGCUUUGAAUGGUUAUCCAGUUCCCAGCCGCCUGCCUCCAGAGUUGAUCCCACCCUCUACAAGACACCUGAAUGACUCGAUUGGUACCGUCAAGUCACUCUUGUCUCAAGACGCCGAGAGCCGUAAAUCUAGCGGAGCCUUCUUGCAGCCGCAGAAGACUGGCGUUAGCUAUCUUAAGGAUCACUCUUUCCGCGGUGGCAAUGGAGCGCAAUCUGGAGCUUCCCGUAAGGACGCAACCAUGUUCAAGAACAACGAUUCCGUUGGCGGUUAUCGCUCAAGUGCACGCCGUCGCGUCGGUAAUGAUCCCCGUUCACCCUCACCUGCUGCCUCUGAAGCUUCUCAAGCCGAUGAGCUUUCCGUAGAACAACUCCUCAAGAAGAUUCGCGAGACCAAGAUCAUGCUGGAUGCAGUUGACUUCCAGGAUGAGAACAAGGCUGAAGAUGACGAUGCUCUCGACCGUCGUGACCGCCGGGAAGCAGAGUCUCUCAUGGACCGCAUUCGUCGUGUGCAAGACGAUAUUGAUACCCACCCUAAUGCCGCUUUCCGUAACCUGGAUAGUGGCGCGGAACGUCGGUCCCUUCGUCGUCAGCUGCAAUCUUUUGAAGACCAAGUUCCUCAAGCCGCAUCUGACGUCCGUCGCGUUGAACGAGAGAUUGCCGAGGGGAAGCUUGAGCUUUUCCGCCUCAAGGAAGCAAAGGCUAACCCCAAUGGUGUUUCCAAUAUUGUCGGCACUGGUCCUGGCGGUGCAGUGACCGAGGCUGAUCGGAUCAAGGCUCGAGCUCGCGCACGUAUGCAGGCCCGUGCUGCUGAACUUGCUGGACGCCCGGCUCCUUCAACCGAGGACGACGGAGAAUCUGCUCGCCGACUGGAGUCUGAGAGGGCCGAGGCCAAUGCUGAAAGAGAGCGCAACGACACUAUGACCCGCGAUGUUGAGGAGAGUGUCCGCGACUUCACUCGCAGCUUGGAGGACAGCCUACGUGAUGAGGGAGACAACUCUACCCGAUCGCAUGAGCGACGUCGCUGGGAAGAUGCUCUGGGAGUUGAGGAUAUCAUCCGUGACUUUAUCUAUGACCUGGGUCGUAACAGCCGGACUGCGCACGUACGCAAGGAAGAGUAUGAUACCCCUCAUAUCAUGACUAUCAAGGAAGAUCUCGUGCUAACCAAUUCAUUUUUUUUUAGACGCGAGAAGUCCGUCCAAGACCAGCGACGAGAAUAUUCAUCCCCUCCAGCUGAGUCUCCUGCAGCUCGUCCUUCCAUGCCCCCAUCCACUGCCUCCUCAGGCUCGGGUGUUGGCAACACACACGAGGACCGUGUCGCUGCUGCCAGGGAGCGUGCUCAGAAGCGUAUUGCAGAGCGUAUGGCUGCUGCUGGUUUGAAGCCUGCUGAUGCCACUGAGACUCUACAACAGCGCCAGGCCCGAGAGAAGAAGGAACGUGAGGAUCGUGUGAAGCGUGCUGAAGAAGAAGAUACUCAAAGAGAACAAGAGAGACAGCGCCGCUUGGCUGAGGAGCGAGGUGUCCCUGCUCCUGCUCCUGCUGCUGCUGCUGCCGCUGCGCCGAAGCCCGCGGGCAAGAAGCCUCCACCUGCGCCCCCUACUCGCAGGGCCCGAACUGACAGCGCCGGUCAGGCGGAUGCAAAGAAGGCCGAAGAAGCUGGCAAGGCUGAGCACGCUGCCCGUGAACAGGCUAUCAAAGAGGAACAGGAAGCACAGGAGGCUGAGACUCAACGCCUGGAAGAUGAGUCGAAAUUGCGGGAACAGGAAUUCCUCCAAGAGAAGGAGGCUCAAGCUGCUCGACUCCGUGCUCUUGAAGAACAAGUCCGACAGGGCAAGGUUAAGAAGCAGGAAGAGAAGCGUCGCAGAGAAGAGGCCGCUCGUCAGGCUAAAGAUCAAGAGGCUAGACUCGAAGCCCAGCGUGCUGAGCUCGAGAUGGCCAAGGAGCGUGAGCGUGAGCUGCAGCGUCAACUUGAGAGCAUUGAUGACGAUAGCUCCUCGGAUGAUGAGGGCCCUGAGAGUGCGACCCCCAGAUAUAGUACUCCACCUCCCAUCCCAGUCAUCUCUGAGCCCGAACCUGCGCCCGAGCCUGCCUUUGAGCCCGAACCCGUUGUUUCUCCAGAGCCUGAGCCCGUUGUGAGCUCCCCUGACAGUAGCCGUGCUUUCCCUGCUAUCACUUCCGAGUCUGAGUCGAAGAACCCAUACUUCAAGUCUCUUGGCCAACCUGCUGCUGAGGUUGAUCCGGUGCAAGCUACUUCCCCACCGGCCACCCAGUCUACCAAUCCUUUCCACCGCUUCACCCAACAAGCGGCGGAACCCAUCAAGCCUGCGUUUACCGGUGCGGCGCCGCUGGAGCGUAAGAACCGUGCACGCCCUGAAGCAGAUGAUGACUGGUCUAAUGCUGGCUCUGACGUCGACUCUUCUGACGAUGAAGAUGAGCGUGCCGGCGGUGGCAGCGCCAAGCAGCUUGCUAGUAUUCUUUUCGGUACCAUGGCACCUCCUCGCCCUCUGAGCGCCAUGGAUGAAGACAAACCAGCUUCCAACUCUGCUACCCCUGUUCAGGAUACUCCUGUGGCACCACCUCCACCUCCACCUCCAGCGUUCUCUCCUCCCGCUGUGGCAUCCCCCCGAAUCGCCCGCUGCUCCAGCUGGUGCUCCUCCUCCACCACCACCCCCUCCCCCUCCACCUGGUGCCCCUGUUGCUACUCCUCCUCCCCCCCUCCCCCUGCCUCUGGCGCUCCUGGUGUUCCACCCCCUCCUCCUCCCGUUUCUGGUGCCCCUGGUAUUCCUCCACCACCACCUCCCGCUGCUGCUGGUGGCGGUGGUGGCCAUUCUGCCCUGCUUGCCUCUAUCCAAGCUGGCAAGGGUCUCCGCAAAACGCAGACCAACGACCGCAGCCAAAGUUCCUCGGCUGGUCGUGUGCUGUAA